AUGCUUUCUCAAGCAACUUCAUCAAAUUUGUCGGAAGCAAUGUUGAGAAGAAGAAAACUUGAAAGAAACCUGAAAGAAAAUGAAAUAUCGGUUACCGAUCGCGAUCGAAAUAAAAUACGUUUAAAUAUGGAUCGUCAUAUGGAAACAUUUUUACAAUUGAACCGUAAACGACAUGAAACUUGGUAUCGAUAUGAUAAAUAUUUUCGCGAAGCUUUGAAAAAAGAUAAAGAUCGAUUUGAAAAACGUAAACAACGUAAUCAAUCAUCAACACCAUUUAAUAUGAUAGCUUUACCAUCACUUGUAACAAUAAAUUCUCGUCCAGAACCAAUGACAAAAGUUGAACGACGUACCUAUCAAGUUUUAAAUGCUUCACAGAAGUUACUUGAUGAAUCAAUGGCACGAUCGAAAUCUAAUGUUAAUCAAAGUCGUCCUUUAACAUCUGCAAGUACUUUUAAAAGUUGUUCGAUAGCAACAAUAAGAAGUUCAUGCACAACUACCAGUUCGAAUUUCAUUGUACCAAUGAUGCACUCCAUGGAAAGUGAAGAAUAUACUCGUUUAAUGAACGAAUCAUUACGACAUGAAACAUAUUCGGAUUUUGUUGAUCAUUUUGUUAAAUUUUGUCCAGAAUUUCGUGAAAAAUUUCCUGAUUAUCAUCUUGCAAAUCAACGACAAACUGCUGUGGAAAAAUUACGAAAAUUCAAUCAAUCCUUUACCAAGAUAAAAGAUCAACGUUUUCAUAACUUAGUUAAUAGUCUUAGCGAUUUUCGUUUGGAAAAGAAAACAAACAUGAAGUAA